AUGUCCUGGCAAGCGGCCCCCGACUCCUGCCACCUCGAGCCCGGGACCCGCCUGAGGGGCCCACAUUUGGAAGAUGGGCUGCAAGAAACAUCCUCAGUAAAACAUAGAUGGGAUCCUUUCAUCACCACCACAACCAAGAGGCCAGCAGCGACCCGCGCUCCAGCUAAUUUUCCAGGUAGCGUGGCUGGCUAUGACUUUAACCUGGCUGAUGCCUUGGAUGAUCGUAAUGACCGCGAUGAUGGCCGCCGGAAGCCAGGUGCAAGAGACGAAGGUAUUUCUGACAAGGAUUUGGAAGACAUAUUAGGGGGCGGUGACUACAAGCCUGACAGGAAUAAAGGUGACGGCCACUAUGGAAGCAGCGACAGCGCGGAUUCUGGAAUGUCUGCCGAGACCGGCACUGUGGCCGGGGUGGCCAGUGCCCUGGCCAUGGCCCUCAUUGGCGCCGUCUCCAGCUACAUCUCCUACCAACAGAAGAAGCUGUGCUUCAGUAUCCAGCAGGGCCACAAUGCAGACUACACGAAGGCCGAGAACCUGGAAGCUGUGGUGUGCGAGGAGCCCCAAGUGAAAUGGUCAUCACUGCAAACCCAGUCGGCAGAGCCGCCAAAGCCUGAGCCACUCGCGAUCUAA